GUUUACGAACGAUAUGGUAGAGAAGCGCUAAGAAUAUUGAUAUAGAGGUUAUCCGGUUGUGAGUGGUGAACAUGGAGAGAGGCAAGAUGUCGUCUUCGGGGCGCGGUGGCAAGAGCAAGGCUCCGCAGCACCCGCAGGACAUCUUCGCGCUGGGCACCAAGUCUACUGUCGUCGUAUCGCGAGACCAGGAGAAGAGGAACAUACACAAACCUUCUAGUAGUGGUGUAGAACGCAAACGUGAAGGCACAUCAACUUUUGGUGCUGCUCCGCCCACCAAGAGAUCAAGAAUUGGCUCGCCAGCAGAGGCUGUUGGGGGGACAUCCUUAGAGGUUGACCCUGUGGAUCUUGUCCCCAAUGUGCUGCAAGCUUUGGACACCCAUAACUCUGAUAAAUUGCUUGGUCUUCUCACAGGCUCGAUCCGUCUACUCAAGUCACAACGCUCCAAACCUGACCCAAUCCUCUGCAUGAGUAUGCUGUAUUUGUGCAAAAUCCGGCCAAACAUGUUUGCACAUGACGUUGUGACCCAGAGUCUGUGCACGCUGUUGAAGCGGGAACAGGGGGCUGCGUUUAAAAGUAAAGGGAAUCCGCUGGUGUUUGUACUGGCAUGCAAUAUGCUGUAUGCUGGGCAUAGGGAUAGUAAUAACUGGCCUGAUACUUUUAUUAAGGUAUACAUUGAAGAUGCCUUAAACGAGAGGUGGUGGGUGGAAUGUUCAUGGUGUAAGUGCUUGGUUGAGAAUAUCGCCACCGCCUUCAGCACCAAGACUCCGCCUCCACAUCUGAUCCCGUCUGAUAGUGCACUUGCGGCUGGCGGCACGAUGUCUCCGUCAGGGUCGGGCUCCCCGCUGAUGGGAAGCACGGACGACGACCCUGACAACACGGACCUAGAGUACACCGUUUUUCCCAGAUAUUCUAGUAGCUAUGAAACUGUUGAAGCGUUGGUGCUAGAAGCUAUUAAAGAGCAGAUCCAACGGCGAGCCGCGCCUGAUGCCAUUGGGAAAGGAUUUUUGAAACUGUUGUCUGCUACCUGUGGUUUCCCUGAGAUCCGCAUGAUAUCCGCGUCCCGGCUCGAGGCGUGGCUGCACUCGGGCAAGCUGUGGCGCGCGGCGCAGGAGCUGCUCGCGUACGUGUGCUGCAACGCGGACGCGUGCGGGCCCACUGCGGCGCGCGACCACGAGGUGCUGGCGCAGCUGGCCCGCAUGCGGCUCAAGACCAAGCCGCUGCAGCAGGCCUACCAGGCCUGCCUCAGGGAGAUGGUGUCCGACAGCCCAGCACUACUCCGCAGCGUGGUCACUCACACCAUCUACAACGAGCUGUCCAACGUGCGCUCCCCCAACAACAUGGCGGUGCUGGCCGCGCUCAUACAAGCGCAGCCGCAAGCCGUGCCCGCCGCCAUGGCGGACACGUAUCAGCGCAACCUCAAGCUGUGCCCGCCGCCAUGGCGGACACGUACCAGGUACUGUAUACACACACACACACACACACACACAAAACCCCCGUACUACACACACAACGAGCUGUCCAACGUGCGCUCCCCCAACAACAUGACGGUGCUGGCCGCGCUCAUGCAAGCGCAACCUCAAGCUGUGCCCGCCGCCAUGGCGGACACGUACCAGGUACUGUAUACACACACACACACACACACACACAAAACCCCCGUACUACACACACAACGAGCUGUCCAACGUGCGCUCCCCCAACAACAUGACGGUGCUGGCCGCGCUCAUGCAAGCGCAACCUCAAGCUGUGCCCGCCGCCAUGGCGGACACGUACCAGGUACUGUAUACACACACACACACACACACACAAAACCCCCGUACUACACACACAACGAGCUUUCCAACGUGCGCUCCCCCAACAACACGGCGGUGCUGGCCGCGCUCAUACAAGCGCAGCCGCAAGCCGUGCCCGCCGCCAUGGCGGACACGUAUCAGGAGCUGGUGCUGCGGCAGGAGGACUACCUGCGGCCGCUGCGCGCGCUGUCCCGGGAGUGCGUGCGCGCGGCGCGGGCCGACGCGCAGGCGCUCGUGCCGCUCGCCCGCGCGCUCGCCACGCCGCCGCCGCACGAGCCGCCCGCCGAGAUCCGUGAGCGCGCGUUCAACUCUAUCGCCGAUCUGUUCUGCUGUCUGUGCCUAGUGACAGCGUCGCACAGCAAACACAUCCCCGAGUACCGUCAGCAACUGUGCGUGAUCCAGUGCUGCGCGCUAGGAUGGUUGCUCGACACGGCCGCGGCGGUGUACCGUCCGCAACGGCAUGAUUUCCAGCUAGCACUCAAUAAGGAUACAAACAUCCCCGAGUACCGUCAGCAACUGUGCGUGAUCCAGUGCUGCGCGCUAGGAUGGUUGCUCGGCACGGCCGCGGCGAUGUACCGUCCGCAACGGCAUGACUUCCAGCUAGCACUCAAUAAAAUAAUGUUCGUGGAGCCAGCGGACACGUACAGCAAGCCAGACAACUGGCCACCGGAAUCCGAGCGAGCGCUCACCUACCGACUCUGCUGCGAAACGCCGCUGCCACAGAACACCCUGCUGCGCGUCAUCUUCAUCGGCCUCGCCAAGGAGAUCCCAGUAGGGCCUGCCGAAACAUUCGAACUGGUUGAACAACUAGUCCGUCGCGCCUGCGCCCUACCACCGGACGACACUCCCCUACCCGUGGACAAGUUGGAACUGGCCGACUACGUGUUCCAACUGUGCCAGUUCACCCCGCCCGACAACAUCACACUACCACCAGGAUCUACAUUUGAACUGGUUGAACAACUAGUUCGCCGCGCCUGCGCCCUACCACCGGACGACACUCCCCUACCCGUGGACAAGUUGGAACUGGCCGAUUACGUGUUCCAACUGUGCCAGUUCACCCCGCCUGACAACAUCACACUACCACCAGGUUCGCCGCGCCUGCGCCCUACCACCGGACGACACUCCCCUACCCGUGGACAAUUCGCCGCGCCUGCGCCCUACCACCGGACGACACUCCCCUACCCGUGGACAAGUUGGAACUGGCCGACUACGUGUUCCAACUGUGCCAGUUCACCCCGCCUGACAACAUCACGCUACCACCAGGGUAAAUAUACCCCUUAUCUCAAACACAUAAGGUCUACAUUCGAGCUGGUGGAACAACUAGUCCGUCGCGCCUGCGCCCUACCACCGGACGACACUCCCCUACCCGUGGACAAGUUGGAACUGGCCGACUACGUGUUCCAACUGUGCCAGUUCACCCCGCCUGACAACAUCACACUACCACCAGGGUACACGGCUCCUCCGCUAGCCAUCACGUCACUAUACUGGCGAGGAUGGAUCCUGCUGGUGAUGCUGGCGGCGCACAACCCCGGCGGGUUCGCCGAGCGCGCCGCCGCCACCUACCCCACGCUGCGGGCGCUCAUCGAGACCUGCAUCACCAGGAUGGAUCCUGCUGGUGAUGCUGGCGGCGCACAACCCCGGCGGGUUCGCCGAGCGCGCCGCCGCCACCUACCCCACGCUGCGGGCGCUCAUCGAGACCUGCAUCACCAGGUCAGUACGCUGCUGUACGAGCAGCCACUAUACUGGCGAGGAUGGAUCCUGCUGGUGAUGCUGGCGGCGCACAACCCCGGCGGGUUCGCCGAGCGCGCCGCCGCCACCUACCCCACGCUGCGGGCGCUCAUCGAGACCUGCAUCACCAGUAAACCCAGCGUGGAAUGGAGCAACAGCGCCGCAGAAGCGGAACGGCUAGAAGCUGAACGAGCGGCUGUACUGCAGCUAGAGACGCACCUCGCAGCCGCCAGCAACGCCAAGCUGCCUAUUACUGAACACAACUCUCGGCUGCUCAGUCAGCUGACGACCCUGGAGCCACUCGGGCCGGCGCGCAAGCCCCCGGCCUCGAUCCUCGAGAGCCUGCAGCAGAGCAGCCAGGCGCUGCGCCUGGGCCGCCUGCUGUGCCGGCAGCCCGCGCUGCUGCUGGAGCUGGUGGAGCGGCACGGCACGCGCCGCGCCAUGCCCUGGCUGCACCAGCUGCUGCGACACGACCAGCUCGAGCUCAGUGUGUUACCAGUGCAAUGCCUGUGCGAGUUCCUAUCCGCGGGUGGUGCGGGUGGCGAGGCAGGCAAGGCAGGCGAGCUGGCCGCUCACCUGCGCAGGACAGUGGCGUCGAGCGAGGAGGGUGCGCGCGCCGUGCUGCAGUACUACACGCAGCGGCUCGCGCACUCGCAUGCGCCUACCCGCGCACAAGCUAACAGAGGCCUCAAACUAGUUCUGACGCAGGCCGAAGAUACGGCUGAAAUGGACUACAACGCAGAAGUCGGCCCUGAGGAAUGGCUCGAGCUGCUAGUGCAGCUCCGGCACUGGGACGCCGUCCGCGACGAGGUGCUCGCCCGCCUCCGCGCCGCCUGCCUCGCCGAGUGCGUGCCGCGCCACCUCGCCGCUUACAUCGCCUUCCUCGCCGAGCACGCAGACACCCUCCCUCCCCUAGUGCUGGACUUGAGCCAAGUGGUGAUGGAGCGACAAGUAGUGAUAGGUGGCGUACUUCCACCGGCGGAGCCCCGAGCUGUGCCUGAUCGUCUGCAGCACCGCACUCUGCACGCCAUCACCUCGAUCUUCUACACACACUUGCGGAAGGCACGCAUCUCGGGAGGCCUGCCCCUGGCGUCGGGCGAGGAGUGGGGCUCGGGCGGCGCGGCGGCGGGGGAGCUGCUGACGCUGCAGUGGAGCGCCGCCGCCGCCGCCGUGCCCGCCGUCGUCGCGCACGCGCACUACAAGCUGCUGUGCUACGGCCCUUCUGCGUACGACACGAACCAAGAAAUGUAUUCAUGGCUAGAAUCAGUCUGGGUGGGGGAACCCCCGACGGCCUUCGCCGCGGACGGCACCACCGCCAGCCUGCUGCCGGACUGGCUGCGGCUGCACCUCGUGCGGUCCGCGAGGCCGGCGCUGCUGGAGCUGGGGCUGCGAGCCCUCCCCGCGCACAAGCUGGCGCUCUUCAUACAGACGUUCGGCAUGCCGCGGUCCGCCUGCAGCGCCCUGCUGGCGGCGCUGGACUCGUGCCCGACGGCGGCGGUGCUGCGGCUGGGCGUGGAGCGCGGCUACAUGGCGCAGCUGCUGCAGGUGCAGCGCGCGCGCGGCUGCACGGGCGGCGAGGCCUUCGCGGCCGCGCUGCGCCUGCUGCCGCCGUCCUACCCGCCCGAUGACACACUUUUCGUGGAAGAACCCCUCCCCUCCGAAGACGAAGACGAGUGCGCUCCAAUCCCACUAGUCAUCCAACCGGAGCAAGUCCCAGCCUUGCUGACCACCGCCUUCUGCGGCGGCACCUACCCCGGAGACUUGGAUGUGGCCUUCACUGAACUUAACGCCGUAAGUACAUGUACACAAGGUAUAUAUUCGCUAGUCAUCCAACCGGAGCAGGUCCCGGCCUUGCUGACCACCGCCUUCUGCGGCGGCACCUACCCCGGAGACUUGGAUGUGGCCUUCACUGAACUUAACGCCGUAAGUACAUGUACACAAGGUAUAUAUUCGCUAGUCAUCCAACCGGAGCAGGUCCCGGCCUUGCUGACCACCGCCUUCUGCGGCGGCACCUACCCCGGAGACUUGGAUGUGGCCUUCACUGAACUUAACGCCGUAAGUACAUGUACACAAGGUAUAUAUUCGCUAGUCAUCCAACCGGAGCAGGUCCCGGCCUUGCUGACCACCGCCUUCUGCGGCGGCACCUACCCCGGAGACUUGGAUGUGGCCUUCACUGAACUUAACGCCGUAAGUACAUGUACACAAGGUAUAUAUUCGCUAGUCAUCCAACCGGAGCAGGUCCCGGCCUUGCUGACCACCGCCUUCUGCGGCGGCACCUACCCCGGAGACUUGGAUGUGGCCUUCACUGAACUUAACGCCGUAAGUACAUGUACACAAGGUAUAUAUUCGCUAGUCAUCCAACCGGAGCAGGUCCCGGCCUUGCUGACCACCGCCUUCUGCGGCGGCACCUACCCCGGAGACUUGGAUGUGGCCUUCACUGAACUUAACGCCAAAAUAACAGAAGAAGUGAAGAAACUCCGCGAAAACGUCCCAACCGAGUGCCCGUACAUACAACGGGUGACCACAUUCCUGCAAGCCGCGGACAGUAACGUCCUCCGCGGCAUGAUCGGCGCCAGCCACGCCGCCGUCCUGCUGCGCAGCCUGACGCUAGCGCGCUGGGAGCCGCUCCGAGAGGUCAGUGACCUGCACCCCGUUCGUGUUCCUGACUGUGACUGCACCGUCCUCCGCGGCAUGGCCGGCGCCAGCCACGCCGCCGUCCUGCUGCGCAGCCUGACGCUAGCGCGCUGGGAGCCGCUCCGAGAGCCCACAUACAGUCGUGUUCCUGACUGUGACUGCACCGUCCUCCGCGGCAUGGCCGGCGCCAGCCACGCCGCCGUCCUGCUGCGCAGCCUGACGCUAGCGCGCUGGGAGCCGCUCCGAGAGCCCACAUACAGUCGUGUUCCUGACUGUGACUGCACCGUCCUCCGCGGCAUGGCCGGCGCCAGCCACGCCGCCGUCCUGCUGCGCAGCCUGACGCUAGCGCGCUGGGAGCCGCUCCGAGAGCCCACAUACAGUCAUGUUCCUGACUGUGACUGCACCGUCCUCCGCGGCAUGGCCGGCGCCAGCCACGCCGCCGUCCUGCUGCGCAGCCUGACGCUAGCGCGCUGGGAGCCGCUCCGAGAGGUGUGCUCAAAUUUACUGAAGCAGUUCAAAUGCCCCGCGGGCCCCGUCGCGAACCUGCUGACGCAACUGGCGGCCCCUGAGAGGCGAGCGGCCCGCACUGUACCACACCUGCCACAGCGCUACGAAGCUACGAAGGAACAACUCAUCGCCGCGUUGGAAGCGGCGACACCGAACACGCUUGAGGCGAUAGGGAACCGCAUCAUCGAGACGCAGGACACGCGGGUCGUGGUCGACGUCAUCUCCACGCUGCUCGAGAACAACCAGCAGGGCGCUUACGAGACCGAGGUGAAAGUGGAAGUGGGUGCCGAGCCGGCCGCCCCGCACGUGUUGGCGCGCCGCGGGCUCGGCUGCGGGCUGCUGUUGGACUGGAUAUCGGAGCUGCAGCGGGAAACGCUCGGCCCGCAACCUGAACGACAGAUGCGGCUAAUGUUCCGGUCGGGGUCGGCGGCGUGGCGGCCGCUGCUGGUGACGCUGCUGGCGCACCGCGCCUCGUGGCGCACCCUGCACACCUGCCUCUCCACCUUACUGCAGCCUAACGGGGGCUGGGCGGCGAGCGGCGUGCUGGACUUCGCGGAGACGCUGAUGGGGUCCGAGCGCGUGUGGCAGGGCCGCGACCGCGCCGCGCCCAAGCACCAGGCGCCCUGCCAUCUGCACCGGCUCACACACCCGCAGCUGGAAGUCCUAAUCAAGUACAUAAUGGAGGAGGCCUCGGAAGCCGGCCCCGACCUGGACAGCAUGCGGCGCCGCAUCGAGGCCCGGUUACCGCUAGCGCUGCGCUGCGCGCCCGACCCGCCGUCGCUGCUCGCCGCCGCCGCCGCCGCUGAGCCUUUACUGCUACUACUGCUGUACAUGAAGGUGCCGAAAAUCCGCCAACUCCUAAUGGAGAGUGCGGAGCGCCCUCUAACCACGUGUCCACUGGAAGGGGCGGAGCCCUAUCAGCAAGUAGCGGCCAGCUCUACUAGUGCUACCGACCGCGUGUCCCACACGCUGCUGACGGCGCUCGCGCACCCGAACAAGGAACACGGCAAGGAGGCCAACUUCAAGACAUGGAGAUUAGAAGCCGGCGUGCGUUCCCUAUGGGCGCGCGUGGGCGGCGCGGGCGCACGCGCGCUGCCGCUGGCCGGCGCGCUGCUGCGCGGCGCGGUGCCGGCGCCGGCGCGCGCGCAUCUGCUCUCCGCGCUCGAGCUGCUGCCUGACCAUGAACUGCAGCGACCUGAUACAAGUGAAGAAGUGCAGAACAUUCUGGAGUGCUUCGUGCAAAUGGCGGCGGCCGGGGGGCGGGAGCGAGACCGAGACUCGGCCCUGCAGCACCGAGUGGCGGCACUCAUGCGCCGCGUCGCUGCGCAUAGCCCGCCUCGCACACAUGGGUCUCUGAGCGCCCUGGGCGAGGAGCCGGGCGCGGCGCCCGCGUCGGCCGCGCCGCCGCCGCAGGCGUUGAUGGCGCUGCAACGGCGAGACCCUCCGGACGAUUUACACAUAUACAUACAGGAAAUCGACCAAUGGGGCAGUCGUCGCGGCGGGGCGUGGGGCGGCCCCGCCGCCGCCACCACCCUCCUCCGCGCCGUGGCCCCGCUGUGCGCGGAGCCGGGCUCCCUGGCCCGCGCCGCCGCCCUGGGCCUGCUCACCAAGCUGCUACCGGCCGUGCCCGACCCUACGCCCGGUCUAGACGCCAUUAUGGAGUGCCUAGAUUCGUCGUUGCCCGAAGUCGCGCAGUCCGUGAUCGACAAGCUGCCCGAGCUGGUCGUGGGCAUGCAGGAGUACGCUGCACGGGUGUUGCUAAAGGUGUUCGACCUGGGUGUGCGCAGCCGCCUGCCCGUCGAGACCAGCCUGGCGCGCUCCGUGGCCGCCAUCAACCUGCAGCGGGGCUGCUGA